AAAACAUUGUGCUAAACCAAGGGAAUGCCGAGAUUUGUGUUUGCGUGUUUGCUGCGUACGAGCGAAAUCUAAGUUGCCCUGAGGCUACAAAAGAAAAGUCGUGCUCUGCACCAACCGCUAAAAUGGCUAGUUGCCUCCGCCAGCACGUAGCACCGAAAUGCCGAUCUUUAGUCGCGAUUUUCGGUCCACGAUCCUACACCAGUACGAAUGGGUGCGAGCAGCCACAGCGCGCCUGCCUUGAGUACGCGGCCAAUAUUGCUUCAAAUAAAGAUUUUUACAGACUAUCGCCACCAUUGUCGGCCCAUGCAUUUGUCACCGAUGCAUUUGCUACUGAAAACAAAUUUCCAUCCUUGGAACAUACGAUCGCACAGUUCGAUGCGCGGAGCAAGCCGACUGCGGACAAAAGGCCUGGACUGACGUACUACAGUCAAGACAGCGACCCAUCCUCCAAGGGGACACAAAAUGACCAUCAGCCAUCGGAAGAGCAGCUGCAUAGAGUUUAUAAUGUGCUUUCACAGACUCUACCUAAACUGUUCGUGCAACCACUGGAUUAUUCGAUCUACAAUCCAAAUUUAAUUUUCGAAAAUAACAUUCGAGGCACGAAGACGGAGGGGCUCUACCAUUAUGUUAAACAAAUUGCUUUGCUCCGUACGGUCGGCCACUUGAAAUUUGCUUACGUUACUUUCGAGAUAAUUAAGAUCACAAAGCACUCCGAGGAUAACACUGUUAAAGUACGGUGGCGCAUCCGUGGCAUUAGCGCAUUAAAAGUGAUGCUACAGUUUUGGAAGUAUAAAUUAUGGAAGCUGAAGGAGAUAUUCGACGAGCAAGAAGCCUGGUACGAUGGGUUUUCAGUACUGUACGUCGGAUCUGAUGGACUGGUAUACAAACACAUAGUUGAUAAAAUUAUGCCUGACGAUGAUGUAGUCAAAAUGCCACCGAAGACGAUGGUUUCGCCCAAGUUGGCACUGGUGGUUGGUCUAACUGCGGAAAUUUAUCCCGUCGUGAGCACGCUUAACUAAGUCAAGGAUAGGUUCUGUCCUGCAAAAAUAGGGCGAAAAAAGUUGCUGUUAAAAGGCAAACCGUGUAUAGUGUUCUAGUUUCAAAGAAAGUAUAGUGAGCUAAUGGAAUAAAAGUGAAGCUUAAUAUCAUAUUUAAUAGUUCAUGCAUACGAAUGCAAGGCGAAUGGGCUCAACAGCGUUGGGCCGAGGCACAACUUUUGUUGUUGUCCUGUUGUUGUCGUGUAGGUCAUGGGUCUACGAAAAAUAAUCACGCCGGGCAAGUCGAUAAGGUCCGACCCUGGCCAACUGGUUAUUAGUAACGCUUAAUUUAAAAUCAUGAACAAAUACACGUUCUAUGCAUGGAAUGCUG